AUGAAAGAGAGCUCACCCAAUGCUCAGCCCGUACCGGGUCCUCCCUUCCCUAGCAACUUGUUUGCUCCGUUGAGGGGGCCUUUAGCUGGAGGUCGCCAGAUCACCCGAAACCGCGCGAGCUACAGCUGUCACACGUGUCGGCGUCGGAAGGUCAAAUGCGACAAGAUACAUCCGAUAUGUGGGAACUGCGUGAAGAACAACACCAAGUGUAUAUACGAUGUGUCAUUCCACAAAGAUGACGAUGGGCGCGAUGGCUCCCCCCAAAAUGUACAUGGCGUCAAACGAAGGAGAGAGAUGCCCCGGACAUUGGAGGAGGAUGUCGACGAGCUCCAGUCAAUUUACGGACACUUGAGGCGGGCAGAGUCGACAGGUGAAAAGCCCGACCCAAGUGCCAUUGAAUCACGACUCGACAAGCUUAUGUCAAUGAUUGAGCGCCUUGGAGGGAGCGAUCAAACCCUCGAAGAUCUGGGGAUGCAGACAACGGCUGCAGAUGCGAAAGUGGAACCAACCCAGUCAGAUGACCCACGACCGAGCAAUGAUCUGAACGGAAAAAAAGCACCGUUGAGAUCUAGCAGCCCACGCCGCAUUGCUGCAGAGUUGAGCAAUGAUGAGUUUCCAAUCCCAUCUGGUCAGGCUACCGAUCUAGUAGACCCAGUUGGCAGUCUGAACUUGGGCCAUUUGAGCCUAGAGGACGGUGGAAGGUCAAGAUAUGUUGGCACCACAUAUUGGGCUUAUAUCUCUGGCGAAAUCAAUGAGCUCAAUCAAUUGCUGAGAGACCAGCAUAACUCCCAUCAUCAGUCUGCUACUGAAAAGAAGAAUGAAGACAUAACAGAUUCGCAUGCCGAUGGUCGACAGUCAUGGAGAGAAUCCACAGGCAGCUCGACACCUUCAAUCACCCCUAGGUCUUGUUCCUUCCAACAAUCUAUAAUCUUCCCUUCGGGUGACUCUCCCUCGGUCAGUGAAAAAGUGGUUGAUCCAGAAAUGCUUGAUCACAUUCCGACGAGACGGCAAAGCCAUAUUCUUUACAAAGGAUACAUUUCCGGCGUACACGCCAUCAGUCCUAUCAUUCACCCUCCAACUAUACUCAAACUCUACAAUUCCUUCUGGGAUUGGUAUGACUACAGUAGUUAUUCUGGAGAGCCGUGCCCAAAUCCAUCAUUCAUUCCAUUACUGUACGCGAUAUGGUAUGGUGGCUCGGUGACGAUUUCGAUGCGAGCAAUCAAAGCUGAAUUCAAUGUGUCGUCGCGGUCAGCCCUUUCGACAAUAUAUACUGAAGAAGUUACGAGAUGGCUUACGAAUAUCAAAUUCCCGCGUAGCCCUUCACUUUCAGGCCUCGCUGCUUAUCUCAUCGUGCAGACAAUUGUCACAAAGGAGGAAGAGCCUUUAACGAGCAGUCUCUUUGUUAGCCUCGCGAUGAGGGUUGCACAGACCAUGGGCCUCCAUCGGGAUCCAGCUAAGUUUGGUAUAGAGCCAUGUGAAGCUGAGUACCGGCGCCGGUUAUGGUGGCAUAUUAUGCAUAUGGACUGUGUCGUUGCGAUGUCGAGCGGUCUGCCUCCACUUGUUGGUGACGAGAAUUACUGGGAUGUGUGCGAGAUAAGCGAAAUGAAAGAUACGAUGCUGGGUACCCCUGCUGCACAGUCCUAUAUGAAACUGGUUGCUUCACAGGAGCGGCUACCUGAUAAUCCAGAUGAUCCCACUAUUUGUGGUGGACCAUCAAUGGUCAACGUCUAUUACCUGACUGCAAGAGGCAAAUAUACCAUGGCUCGCGCUAUUCGCCAAAUAUUGAAAAUCCAGCUAGGAACAAAGCCGCUCACUAGGCAGGACAUGGAGGAGCUCCGGUCCAUACUCCUUGACUUGCAGCUGAAACUGAAUUCUAUCGUCAACAGGAUUCCAGAGGGAAAGGAUGUUGAUGACCUGUCGACGCCAGGUCGAGCUUUUUCCAUGUCCAAGUCCCCAACCGAUAGUCGCUCUUCCGACACUGAGCUUCCAGGCGAAGGUCCCACCGGAUGUCCAGAACAGUAUCACUCAGCAGUUCUUGUUUGCUUCCAUAAGUGGGCCAGGAUCAUUCUUUCUUUGUAUAUUGACAAGGCCUUCUGCGUGGCCUAUCAGCCUUUUCUAAAGAACGCUCGCAGCCGGAUUUGGCCAGCGGCACGCCAGAGUGCACUUCGCCAUUGCCAUGGUUUCAUGGAAAAAUUCAUACAACUUGCAACGGAUCCUGACUUCCAGCCAUUUCAUUGGAGCUGGCCUGGCAAUCAUCAGCCAAUGCAUGCUACUAUGAUCAUGCUUAUUGACUUAUAUGAGCGACCUUACAGCCCGGAAGCAUCUAGGUCCCGCGCGUUCAUCGACAGCAUACUGGCGCUUUCUGGUCCAGAUGGAGGUGUCGUAGGUGGUGAAGACGGUGUCUCAACACAGCGGCCAUUGAAGGAUGGUGGCCGUGAAGCCUGGGAUAUGAUCCGCCGCCUUCGCCAGAAGGCUUGGCAAAAGGCUGGCCUCAAUCCUCAAAUACUCUGGACCGAGCAAGACCAGAUCCAGGCUGGGGUCGCUUCGCCAGUUGACCUUGGGGAUUGUGACUCUCCUUGCUCAGGUCCUUCUCACGCUGGGUCUCCAGGUUCCGCAUCCGCCGGCCAUCCCUCGGCGCACAACCUCAACCCCAACGAUUUCGUCAAAACAUUCCACAACAUCACCAGCUCCCAUACGUUCUCAAAUCUUGUUACCCCUGAUGCCACUACGAUUCCCCUACGAUACCAACACCAACCCCAGGAUAGAUCCUUACCCCCAGUCUCACAUUCCCAAUUCCAUUCUAACCCCACCGAUAAUCCCAUACCUCCCCGUAUUGGCGCCUCCUCGCCCAAUACGGACUCCUUGUUUGGUGCACCACCGACACAGUCUCCCGCAUUAACCACUCCUGCCCCACGUGUUCAGCAUUUAGAUCCCGAUACUUCUACUGCUGGUAGCAUGCCCUUCGUGGAUCCUGCGUCUCCUAAUGUUUUACCCAUGGUAAUUCCUACACCGCCAUCGAUGGUUGACCCCAACCUCAACUUCGACUGGGACCAGUGGGAUGCUGUGUUCGGGCAACAUCUGCCUGUCGCAGAUGAUCUGAUGGAAUUGGAUCCUGUUUCCGGUCUUGAUUUCACCCAUGUUGGAGCUGCCUUAACAUUUAAUGGCACCAGUCCCGAAAUUCCUACUUCAUAUGGCAAUGAUCUUCCACUUCCAGGCUCCUCCCCAGAAGGGAAUUUCUCGUCAUGGAAUGGGGACAAUGGAGCUGAUUGGCCGGGAUAUUCUUAG